AUGGCCGCCGAGUCUAGCGCACCGGCCGCACGCAGGCCACGUAAGAGGAGAAGGAGGCAGGCGUCGUACGCUACGUCGUCGGACGAGAGCGGCGACUCGAGCGACGACGACGAGUCAAGCGACGACGAGGAGGCCAAGGCGGACGGCAAGAUGGACGUUGACGGCGCGUCGUCCUCGUCGUCUUCUUCUUCCUCAUCGUCCUCUUCAGAAUCCUCCAGCUCCGACUCGAGCGACAGCGACUCCGACUCCGACUCCGACAGCGACAGCUGGCCCCGCACGCAGCAGCGCGGGCCGACCCUCUCGCCCUCCCCUCCCCCACGGGACAUCCCCAGCUUCCUCCCCCCCGCUGGCGUGGAGGAUACCGAGGCGGACGACAGGCGCGCGCGCUUCAAGCGCGUGUACAUGGACCGGCUGGUCGAGGGCUUUGGCGGCGACCUCGAGGCGCUGCGUGCUUCUGACCCGACGCUCGGCCCUGCACGCCUCCAGCUCCUCAUCGACUCGCUCGCGGCCGGCGUCGACGUCUUCGCUGACCCGCGGGCCGGCGGCGUGGACGAGGUUGGCGUCAUUCUUAACGACUAG